AUGGGCGGUCGCGUAAGCAGGGACAACUCCACCACACCAUCUUCCACCGGGCCUUCUCGGUCACGCCAGCAGCAACAGCAGCAAGAAAGUCGGCAAGCCACCCCUCCAUGUCAGCCGGGCCGUCGGCUCAGCCCGCCCAUACCUGCUCCACCGGGCUGGAACACCGAAUCCUCGAAAGCCGGCCAACAACUCCGGGAGCGUGUCCGCCACGUAAACGGAUGCCGCUGCAUAGACUGUCAGCCAGACCUCUACGACAACUCGGGGAGUCUCAAGACCGGUUUCGACCGACCCUGCCUGAUCACUUCGGGCGCCAUGGAGGGAGAUGCGCAAUUCGAAAGAUCAAGUGCGAUGAACAUGAACUCAGACAAGCCUCAAACCCCGACAUUUGAUACUCCUCCACGCUCGAAAACUCCUCCAACAACCGCCGGAAGAAGCUCGAUCCUAGGCAACGCAGAGGGCAGACCAAAAGUACCGCGUGCGGGAUCAGAAACACUUAACGCAGAUCAAUUAACCAGAAGAUUGAAAGACCAUGACAGUGCUGGAAGACGGACAGACCGAACUCCUGGAAGAAGUCCGAGCAGAAAGCGCCAACGCAUCUAUGGAGAUCGCUUCAUACCAAAUCGAGAUGGGCAGGAUCUGCAGGCGAGCUAUAGCUUGAUGCAUGAUGAUGGAUCACCAACCUCACCUUCUAGAUCGAAAAAGCGAGCACCGCAUGGAGAGCUACACUUUCAGCGAACAGAAGAGGCUAAUAGGACGUACUCCCGAGUUCUCAGAAAUGAGUUGAUGGGCGACUCGGUACCCCAAGCACACUAUGACUUUUCGACGUCGAUACACGACCCCUCAAGAAACACAACACCGCCCGGUGUUCCUUCAUCAUCUACUCUCCCGCUGCCUGCCUCGAUAACACCGACAACCCCGCACCACAAAAACCUCUUCUCGUACAUGUCACCUCACAAAAGAAUCGGCUCAGGUCAUCCUACCCCAUCACGAACCCCCCAUUCCAGACACACCGGCCCGAUCAACCUUAAUGCAAAUUCCGACCUCUACUCAGUCUCACCAAUCAACUUCGUCUCGCAAGCAAUUCUUCAACAACCACGAAAGCAGCCCCGUCCCAUCUCGAAAGUCCCAUAUAAAGUACUGGAUGCACCUGAGCUGGCAGACGACUUCUACCUCAACCUCGUAGAUUGGGGCAGCAGCAACAUUCUCGGUGUCGGUCUAGGCUCAUGUGUGUAUAUGUGGAAUUCCACUACUGGCCGUGUGGACAAGCUCUGCGAACUGCCUGACAAUGACCAAGUCACCUCCGUUUCCUGGAUCCAGCGGGGCUCCCACCUUGCCGUUGGCACCCAUAAAGGCUUUGUGCAGAUCUAUGACGCCGAAAAAUCCCGCCGCCUCCGCACCAUGACCGGCCACACCGCCCGUGUUGGCGCCUUAGCCUGGAACGAACACAUCCUCUCCUCCGGCUCCCGUGACCGGCUCAUCUAUCACCGCGACGUCCGCUCCCCAGACCAACACUGCCGCCGCCUCGCCGGUCAUAGACAGGAAGUCUGCGGUCUUCGCUGGAACGGCGACGAUGGUCAGCUCGCCUCCGGCGGAAACGACAACAAACUUUUGGUUUGGGAUAGGUUGUCGCAAAACCCCCUCCACCGCUUCACCAGCCACGUGGCAGCCGUCAAAGCUAUUGCCUGGUCCCCACAUCAACAUCAUCUACUCGCCUCUGGAGGCGGAACCGCCGACCGCUCCAUCAAAUUCUGGAAUACGUCCACCGGGGCCAUGGUCAAGGAAAUUGAUACCGGUUCCCAAGUUUGUAAUCUGGCAUGGAGCAAAAACUCGGAUGAGAUCGUCAGCACGCAUGGCUACAGCCAGAAUCAGAUUGUCGUGUGGAAAUACCCGAAGAUGGAGCAGGUGGUGAGUCUAACGGGCCAUACAUAUCGAGUCCUUUACCUGAGCGCCAGUCCUGAUGGGACGACGGUGGUGACGGGUGCCGGGGAUGAGACAUUGAGGUUCUGGAAGGUCUUUGGCAAGAAGAAUAAGACUACUGGUGCUGGACCUGGGAGUGAUGGUGAGGGUGGGAUGGGGUUGAGUGGGAGGUUGGGCGAUUGGGGCAGCAUUAGAUGA